AUGAAGGCCAAGGCCAUUCUGGCCUCCGCGUGUCUACAAGACGGGGACUGGCGAAAAGCAGUUGUCCACCUAGGCGAUUACGCGUCACUAUCCGCUGUGACUGGAUUCUGUCAAGAGUCGAAUUGGCCUGUGGGUAUCAACGAAAUCCAAAGGCAAGAAAGGCGUAGAGUACAUUGGGGCGUAUACCAACAAGAACAAUACCUGUCCAGCAGCUUUGGCUUCCCGUCCCGCCAGCGUGAAGCAGACGCUAUAGUCAAGUACCCAGCAGAAGUGUCUGAUGACGAAGAUAUCACCCAGACCAGUGUAUGUUGCCAGCUGGAUGAACUAUCUUUCCUCGUAGGCUGGAACUUUUGCACCGACCUGUAUCGCCUUCUUGAACGUUUGAGAGGAAGCGCGAAAGCGGCGCCUCAGAUGCCCCGUAUGGAACCAGGGAACAAGAUUGAAUCGCAGACCUUGAGAAUGCUGCUUGUUGGUAUCAACAAACCAAGCGUGCAUCUUCGCUGCGCGAUCGCGAGUGAACUGCUGGAUGAAUUGAGUAGCAUACCAAUGGCAUUCUUCAACGCAUCAAGCAUUGUGUCGCUGCAUCACUUGGCACGCAUUGGACACAUCCUCAGUGAUAUAACCAAAGAUACCCUCCCGAUUUGGACCUAUCUUCAGGUCCGAAAUAUUUUAAUAGUGCUAGCUGAUCUUCUCGAAAAGAUUGAGUCGGCACGAUUGUCGAAUGCUGGUACAGCUUUAAAAUUGCGGGCGGAAAUUGAUCGCAUUGGAAACUGUAUAAAGCAGGCGUCUCAAAAUGACCAACAACAAACAUCACAGCUUUCAAUGAGCCAAAGCUUACUCACAGACUGGAGGAACGCAUCUACGGGAUCACCUGCAACAGAGUCGACAGAUCGUACCAAUAUGACGCGGUCCCCUGGCCCUCCCAAUGGAAGCUCUAGGACGGCCAUGCAAGUGUCUUCUCAGUAUGCAGAUCACGCGCGCGAUUGGCCUCCAGGUGAAAGCAUACUGGUUGGGCACGGUUUGGAUUCCAUGAGAGAAAUUCAACGUCAUACUAGUGUCCCAACCACGUUCAAUCCUCUCAUGAUACCUCCAAACCAUCAGGGCUACGGUGCCAUCAGCAUGUCCCAGCCUGGGACCAUGCAGGAGCAGCAAGAUAUGCAAUUUGAUGCAGCUCAUGGUCAGAGGCUGGGGGUGGACAAUCUAUUGUCGGGAGAUUUCUUCUUUUCUCAAUGGCCAUAUCUGGCAAGCUAA